UUCAAAUUUCCCGCAGCGUCGUAACCGUAACCACACACCUAACCCAAGCAAUUUGACAUUUACGACAUCGGACAACGUGAAAAUCACAAGUUAAUGUUAAAAUAUUAGGGCCAGGAGCGCAAAAUUAAAGUGUUUAAGGGCAAAGUCACGGGAAUAAAGAAAAAUGCCGGCGGUUCCUGGAGGUGUUUACCAACAAGGCCCUUCGUGUUUUGACAAAAUGAAAAUGGGAUUUUUCCUCGGGUUUUGUGUCGGGAUGGCAAGUGGGGCGUUAUUUGGCGGUUUCUCGGCACUAAGGGGCGGCUUAAGGGGCAAAGAACUCGUAAACACAGUCGGGAAAGUCAUGAUACAGGGAGGCGGCUCUUUCGGGACAUUUCUGGCAAUUGGAUCUGGUCUGAGAUGUUAGCGUCAAGAGUGUUACUUAUGUCUUGCAAUUAUUCUAGUUAUAUUUAUUAAUCUAGUUGUUUUACAAUAAAAUGUGACGAAAAAACA